AUGCCAGCGGAAGGAAAACCAUACAAAUAUCUGAUCGUUUAUCCGUUUUCCGUCCUAACCACCACAAAAAUCCUCCUUUUGGUUGGUUUUUUUCAAAAUUUUUUUUAAAACAUUUUAUUUUCAUUUUCAGAUCUUGUAUUCGUUGUCACUUUUUGCCUGGGAGGAGAGCGGUAGAAAUCGUGGUUGGUUUUCAUUGGAUUUGUUGAGAGAAAUAAGGGUAUCGAAGAUAAUAAUAAGGUAGCUCAGUGGUUAAGCCAAUCAUAGUGAAAGGGUCUUUGGUUCGAAUCCGCCCCACGAUAUUUUUGCCAUUUUCGGAAAACUUCAAUCGCUUGCUGUCUUUCUUUGCAUAUAGUACAAGGUUGAAGUGAAACUCACAGCUAGCUCAGUGGAUAAGGCUUUAGAACUUGGUUUUGAGGGUCGCGGGUUCGAUCCCAUCCAGAAAUUAUCGAUUUUUGCCUUUUAAUUUUUUGGGAUUCUGAUGGUCUUUUUGGUCGUUUAACUUGGCAAACUCAACGUUUCAAGCUUAAUAAAUGAUUUAUAUAUACUAAAAAAACAAGGUAGCUCAGUGGUUAAGUUAAUUAAACCACGAUAAAAGGGUCUUUGGUUCGAAUCCGGUCCAGGAAAUUUUUGUAUUUUUUUUGUCUGUUUCUCUUUUUUUCGCAGGAUCAAAUGCAAAAUCAGAGAAUAAAUAUGCAAAUAGCAUUCAGAAAUUAUCAUUUUUUUGCCAUUUUUCAAAUUUUUUUUAUGACCUUAGCGGCCUCAAAUCAUAGUAUCAAGCUCACUAAAUUUAUCGAAAAAUCUUCAGCAAACUUAAAAAAAAGGAAUUUAGGGCAAAAAUUAGGUUUUUUAAAAGAAAAAGUGAGAAAUUUGGUUUUUUUUUCUCUUAAAAAAUGAUUUUUUAGGUCUUUUGGAUGUCGCGAUUCUCGAUAUUUGCCUCUGCGGCCUCUCGGCCAUAUCCCUUUGGUUCAUCGUUCAGAAAUUCUAUUGGAAAAAGCUGGUGAUUCAUAUUCAUUAUCUCGUUUUUAUGAUGUUUUUGUGCCUUUCAGGAGCUGAUUUUCGACCUGGCCGGCUCCUUUUUCUCCGCCAUCGCCUUGAUUUCCAGCCUGAUUUCGACGCCUUCCAUAUUCUCACAACCAAAUUUGAGUUUCUCGAAAAUUUCAACUCUUAAUUUUGGUCCAAGCUUCUGGAGAAAAAAGGCUGAAAAUUCCUUUUUAUCCUGGGAAAUGCACCCUUAGAACUUCGAUAUUAUAAAGUUUGAGCCCCAAAAGAAUUUCCCUUUUUAGUUUUACAAUAAAUUCAGGAAGAGUUCUGAAAAAAAAUGAUCAAAAAAGUUCCGCUAGUUAGAAAAUAGUGGAAAAUUGGUGUGGGUGCUCUAGGUACGCCCGACCUUCGAACGGCUUGCGCGUUUUCUAACUUUAAUCGCAGCCCGACCUUGUCGCGUAAAGCCAUUCCUUGCGAGAACAGACUCUAAAACUUUCUAACGAUUUCAUACAGUCUGACUUCUCUGCGACUCGUUUCUCUCACCGAAUACGCUUCCUGAAAAUAGUACGAAAAAACAAGAGAGCGAAGAGAUGUUAGACUGUUUCUAAGUCUAGCGGAUUUAUAUUCGGAAAGGUGGAUAAUGGCCACUGAAAGGGAGAGGCUCAAAAAAGGCCGCAAAAAGGCUGCAAAAAGACAGCAGAAAGGUCGCAAAAAGGCCGCAGAAAGGCAGCAAAAAGGCCGCAGAAAGGCAGCAAAAAGGAGUCUUUGUGACCCUAAAUGGAACAUUUUUAUGGGGCCUUUUUCCACCCUUUCCGGCUUUGCCUAUGUGUUAACUAAAUAAAUUCAAAAGAUCCAAUUUUCAAUCUGGGAAUUAGUUUUUUUGAAACGAAAACUUCCAAAAGCAACGUCACUUUUACCCAAAAAUGGUCCAAUUUUUUAGAUUUCCCACCUUCUAACCCUGAUUUCGUGGCUUUUCGCGUCAUUCUGGUGCAUCCACGAGACGUCGAACAACGUCAGCAACUUGUUCAUUUCCGAGUGGGGCCGGGCGACCGAAGAAAUCGAAAUCGAAUCAUUGGAACAACAUUUUUGAUCCGUUUCACUUCAUUUUGCUAUUUUUAUAGGCUGUAAAUUGCAAAAAUAACUGGGGAAGAUUUUUUAGUGGCCCCUUGAGGGUUUUGACAUCCAAGUGGUCAUUGUAGUAGUCGAGUAGCGGGAACUAAAACGAGGACUACUAUAGUGGCCACUGAGGGGCGAAAUAGGGGCUUUAGGGACCCCUUGAGGGACCUCUCUAUGAAGUCCUAGAGAACCUCUUAAGGGGGCCGCUAAAAAGGCUGCUUAAGAGACCACUUAUAGGAUUUUGACGUUUUAGUGUCCACUGUAGUAGUCGAGUAGCGGGAACUAAAAAGAGAACUACUAUAGUGGCCACUGAGGGGCAAAAUAGGGGCUUUAGGGCCCCUUUGAGGCACCCCUCCACGAAGUCCCCCUUAAGGGGCCUCUAAAAAGAGCUACUGUAGGGGCCACUUGGCUGUAAAUUGCCUAUAUCACUGCUGGGAAAGUUUCUAGUGGCCACUUGAGGGUUCUGACGUUUUAGUGGCCACUAUAUGAGUCGAAUAGAAACCACAAAGAUGCAACUUCUAUAGUGGCCCCUCCAAGCGGUCCUUAAGCAAUCUCUUAAGUGACCACUAAAGUUUUCCCCAUUAUGUACUAAUCUUGUCAUUAUAGAGAUUUCUUGUCCUAUUUCCAACUUUUUGGUCGGGUUUUGAUGCUUUCACUAAAUAAAUGGUUUAUUUUUUCUUCCAUCUUGAAAUAUGCGGAUCUGGGUUCGAGUCCCGGAAAGGGAAAUUUUUGGCUUUAUUUUUUUUUUCGUGCAAUUCUAUGUUGACGUGUCAAUGUGUAGAAGCACACGUCGAUAGCUCAGCGGGAGAUUCGUUGACUAUGGCUCGGGAGGUCGCUGGAUCGGUCCCUGUGGAGGGUAAUUUUUUUGCUGUUUUUUUUCUCUGAAGGAGUUGUUAUUAAAGUAUGAUAAAACAUUGAAAGAUGGACUUUAGCGUCAAAAAAAAGGAGCUACAUCUAUUUUAUCACUUGAAAUGAAGAUUUAACUCGGAGGCGCAGUGAGAAAAUAAUGAGUUUUGUUUAAAAAAGGUCGUUGGUUCGAAUCCUCUCAAGGGAAACUUUUUUUUGCCGUUUUUUAAGAUCGAUUAUUCUGGUGUUUAACGACAGGAAAGUCACUAGAAGUCAGAAAAAAAUUUUUUUUGGGUUAUUUAAAAAGAAAGAAAAUUAAAUGAUUGGUAAAAAAAGUAUUGGCCUGAUAAAAAAGGUAUUGUACUGUAAUGGAGUAACCAAUUUUAGGUUUCAAAAAAAAAUUGAUUGGUUAAUUUUGAAAAUUUCUAAGGAAAAGGGGUCCUGUCACGAUUGAAGGAUUACUGUACCAUGACCCAGUAAAAUUCGUAUUUUUCCCGUACGAAUUAGCCUAGAAUGGACUAUGAAUUCGGCUUUUACUCCAAUGAGUUUCCGAGUCAAGAGGGCGUAAGAAAUUAGAGAAUUUAUUUGUUUUCCCGGGCGACUUCUCAUUUUCCCACGCCCUUUCAGCUGAGAAUUCUAUUGGCAGAGUUCGAUUUAGUUGAAAUUUGCUAUUCAUAACGACUUUUUAGGAGUUUUUGGAGCCCGGAAAGCGCUUUUUGAAAUUUUUAGUGGCCUCUUUAGGGCUUUGAGGUUUUAGUGGUCACUGUAGUAGCCACUCAAGGGGCCUCUUUCGAAGUCUAAGUGGUACUAUUAGACUCUCAAAACUACUAUAGGGGCCACUAAGACGAAAAAUGACUUCUUAAGAGGUGGUUUUAGUGACCACUUUAGUGUUUUUUACAAGUAGUCCUCGUGGAACUUCUUAAGUGACCACUGCACUUCCUCAAAAAGAAGGUAUGAAGGGAUUGCAAGUGUUCCCUUUAGGGUUUUUUCAGGGAUAGGCUCCAAAAACGCCUUUUUAAAGCCCUGAGAAGCUGUUCUUCCAAUAGAUUUGGUCGGUGGCCCCUUUAGGGUUUUGAGGUUUUAGUGGCCACUAUAGUAAUCGAUUUAGUGGCCUCUUUAAGAGCCUAAGUGGUACUACUAGAGCACUGACACUACUAUAGUGGCCACUAAGACGCAAAAUUACUUUUUUAGAGGUGGAUUUAGUGGCCACUUUAGUGUUUUUUACAAGUGGUCGUUGUGAAACUUCUUAUGUGACCACUGCAUUUCCUCACAAUAAAUGGAUUUCAAGUGUUCCCUUUAGGGUUUUUCGAAAAUAGGCUCCAAAAACGCCUUUUUAAAGCCCCGAGAAGCUGUUCUUCCGUUAGAUUUGGUUAGUGGCCGCUUUAGGGUUUUGACGUUUCAGUGGUCACUGUAGUAGCCACUCAAGGGGCCUCUCUAGAAGUCUAAGUGGUACUGCUCGACUCUCAAAACUACUAAAGUGGCCACUAAGACCAAAAAUUACUUCUUCAGAGGUGGCUUUAGUGGCCACUUUAGUGCCCUCUCCAAUUAGUCCUUGUGGAACUUCUUAAGUGACCACUGCACUUCCUCAAAAAGAAGGUAUGAAGGGAUUGCAAGUGUUCCCUUUAGGGGUUUUUCAAGGAUAGGCUCCAAAAACGCCUUUUUAAAGCCCUGAGAAGCUGUUCUUCCGUUAGAUUCGGUUAGUGGCCCCUUUAGGGUUUUGAGGUUUUAGUGGCCACUAUAGUAAUCGAUUUAGUGGCCUCUUUAGGAGUCGAAAUGGUACUACUAGAGCACUGACACUACUAUAGGGGCCAGACGCAAAAUUACUUCUUUAGAGGUGGUUUUAGUGGCCACUUUAGUGUUUUUUACAAGUAGUCCUUGUGGAACUUCUUGUGUGACCACUGAAGUUUUCCAAGAGUAGAUAUUAAUAUUUUUUUGGUUUAUGAAGAUUUCAAAAAAGUUUUAUUGAAUAAAUAUGUAGUUGAACCAAGUUACACACCCAAAAUGAUGAGUCAAAGUCAAAUUUGGUUUUUUUUUUUGUCCGUACAAGGGAGGUAAUUUUACUUUGGUCUGGAAUUUUUUUGAAAUUCGGUCGAAAUUCUUCUUGAUGUAUAAGAUGAAGGCUCCGAAAUUCCUGAUCUGUACAAAAUUUCAGUUCUCCGAGAAAUAAGGGCCCAAAAAGCCGAUUUUUACGGAUUUUUUCAAUUUUGAGGGCUCCGUUCUCAAAAAGUAGCAAAUUUUGCAGGUUGACACUUUCAGAAUCUUCUUCUAGUACAUCAAGGAGUGAUCUAGCCAAUUUUCAGGCAAAUCCCAUCCCAAAAGUGAAAUUACCCCCCUUUGUUGGGAUGCUUCGGGAAAACCUCAAAAUCGCUACCCCAAACUUGCCCUUUUGCCCUCCUUCGAUCGGCCGGACAAAAGGGAGCUGGAGCAGGUUGUUUUGAGCAGCACCAACUGUUUACCUACUCACCUACCCACUGAACCAUUCCGUUAUCCGGCUCUGUUUGCUCCCCCAACCUGA